AUGCACCAGAGGUCUGCGCAGGCCAUCAGCUCGGCAGCACGUCCCGGCGCAACAGCCCUAACCUUUGACCAGAACAUGCACAACUCCAGUGAAGGCUGCCUAGACGACGACAAACCCGAUGUCAUGUUGCCUUGCUUCCGCAGAAACAUGUAUGACGAGCCUCUGGCCCCGUACUCCAGCGGAUCCAUCAUCUCUCAACUCCUUCGCAAGACAAUACACAACAAGAGGGCACUAGAUGAAAGCCAUUUCUACCUUUCCAGCUCCACUGCCGCUGACUCCGGUCAGGAGGACCAGUGCAGCGUCUCUUCAAAGGACAGUGCGGUGGAAGCUCCCUCUCCCAGUGGUCACAUUUCUACAGGAGCCAGUACGGAGGGGGAGCAUCCCGUGCCGGACCACCUGCAAGCCAAGAGGGCCAGAGUGGAGAACAUUAUCAGGGUCAUGGCGGGCUCUCCCAACAGCAGGCAGCAUGGAGACAGUGAGAGGUCUGACACAGAUGCCAGAGACACCAGAGAGGCCAGAGAAGCAUACAGGGAGAACAAACGUAAGCAGCGGUUGCCUCAGCAUCAGGAACACAGUGUCGGAGGACCGGCAAACCGAAGAUCUGGAAACAUCAGUAGUGACAACUGCAACACCAAGGAUGAGGAGUGUCACAAGCUGAAAGAGCAGCUCCACAGCAUGCAAAGGCUCCUGCGUCAGCUCCAGGAAAAGUUCCUUCAAGUUUACAACCAAGAAGACCCCGAACACAAUGACAGAGAUGAGACAGAAGUCGCUGUUGAGCAUGACAGCCUGGCAGAAUGCACAGAGUCACGCUACGUAAGCACUGAAGAUGAGUUUGAAAGGAAGAAUAGCCGGGUAACUGCAGAGUGCAAGGACCGAAUGAAAGUAGUUGGUAAUCUGGCACACCAGAGAGAAAGUCAGAACCUGCAGGAAACCCUGAAGCAGGAGCUCUCCAGGGCUGUGAAUGACUGUGUGGACAGGGUGUUCAAGAAGGUGUCCUCCACAGGGCUGGAUCUGUCCCCCCAGCAGCGCAUGUGCUCAUCUCCAGAGAUGCUGAUCAGCGUGGGUGCAGACAGGAAGAGCCAGCAGGCCGGCUCCACCCAGGAACAGCCCCUGGACGAGGAGCCUGCGGGGAAACCCCGCUCUUUGGAGUAUUACGAAAGCUCCGAGGCCCAAAGUCCACAGGACCAGACGGAGGCACUGUCACUGGUGGUCCGCAAGCCGGCCGUGACCCCUCUGAGCUCAGUCCCCCCCACUGUGAAGAGGCCCUAUCCUGUGCACCAGACACCGUUUCAGUUCAAUUACAGCACUCCUCUGCAUGACAGUCAGAUCCUAGAGCAUCUUCUUAAGUACGGGCCCCAUUCCAACUUUGGGGGUCUCCCUUGCAUGCCCCCAUCAAUGGACAGGACCUCCCCAGACUCAGUGGACCUGCCCUGGGACACCAUUGCCAUGAGGUCCAAGGUGACGUCCAGCCACCUCGGCCACCACCCUCGUGCCUCGGCCCUGGGGGCAGUGACAGUCGACAAUCUGUGUCUCCCUCAUGUCAAGAUCGAGUGCGGUGAACUGAUGGCGGAACGAAACCCCUACAUGUCACUCAACAUCCAGGAGGGCCUCACCCCGAGCCAUCUGAAGAAGGCAAAGCUAAUGUUCUUCUACACCCGCUACCCCAGCUCCAAUGUGCUGAAAACCUUCUUCCCUGAUGUCAAGUUCAACCGCUGCAUCACCUCUCAGCUGAUCAAAUGGUUCAGUAACUUCAGGGAGUUCUACUACAUCCAGAUGGAGAAGUUUGCCCGCCAGGCCAUCGUUGACGGCAUCAGUGAUGUCAAAGACAUGACAGUUAGCAGGGACUCAGAGCUGUUCCGGGCCCUGAACAUGCACUACAAUAAAGCCAAUGACUUCCACGUUCCUGACAGAUUCCUGGAGGUUUCUGAGAUCACCUUGCAUGAGUUUUACAGUGCCAUUUCUGCAGCCAAAGAUUCAGACCCCUCUUGGAAAAAGUCCAUAUACAAGGUGAUCUGCAAACUGGACAGUGACGUCCCGGACGAAUUCAAGACAUCUUCCUAUUUAUAGGCUGAAGUGGAUCAUUAUAACAGUGAAGGAAUUGGAGUGAGUCACUAACAAUUCCAGAAUUUUUUCAUCCUUUAUUGUAGUGCAUUUUAGUGAGGUGAAAUGUAGCUGUUGGAUAAUUCAUAACUUUGUAGAUCUGUAAAAACACACACAGACACAUCCAUUUAAAAUAUUAAUAAGCUAUAUAGUCAAAAUGCUGUAUGUUCUACUUUUACAAACAAUUAUUUUGAAACGUUAAUGCUCCUGUGGUUUAUUCUAUGGUUAAGUGUUUACUUGUAUAAUCUGCCUCAACACAUUUAGAAAGUUACUGAGUUUGUAGGUGUGUAAAAAUGUUUUUUCAUGAAACUAGAGUGUAGCCGGAUUUCGCUGAACUGGAAGAGUUUUUUUGGGCAAUUACUAUCAGUAUUAGUGUGCUUUUCAUUUCAUUUCAGAGCUGUGUGUGUUGUGUAAAUGUA